UUAAUAUUCGGCGUUCAAUUCUUACAAGCUCCAGUGGUUGCUCGCAUCCGUCCUCUCCUCAGUAGUGAAAAUGAAAAAGACACCAUAAUUCACGUGGAAAGCAAAGAGGAAGGGAAACCCUCAAAUGUUGUGCGCAUACCAAAUCCUAAGAAAGAAGCCGAAGAUUUUAGCUUUACUUUUAAUGCUGUCUACGACCAAAUGGCUACUCAGGAUGAGUUUUUCGUCAACGAAGUUGCACCGCACGUAAAGUCUCUAUUUCAAGGUCUCGAUGUCACAAUUUUCGCCUACGGUGUAACCGGGACAGGAAAAACUCAUACUAUGAGAGGAGGAUUAAAGCUCGCCGAGCGAGGUGUAAUUCCAAGGUUGCUCAGUGGUAUCUAUCGCCGUGGAAGGAAGGUUGUAAAGGACUCAGCCGGUAGAAGGAGUUUUUCAGUAUCUCUUGCCUACUACGAAAUAUAUAACGAUAAAGUAUAUGAUCUAUUUCAGCCACCAGAAAAACGCACCUUGGCCGGUCUACCGCUUCGUGAAAAAGAUGGAAAGACGAUUGUCGUGGGUCUCUCUGAACACGCAUGCGACAAUCUAAAGGAUUUUGAGAGAUUCUACAUCGAGGCAAAUAACAACAGAAGCACUGCUGGGACUAAAUUAAACGCGCAGAGUAGUCGAUCCCAUGCUAUACUUCAAGUAAAGUUAACACAAGUUAGCGACAAUGGUGAGAUAUUAAUCUCCACAGCAUCGGCUAUUGAUCUGGCAGGAUCCGAGGACAAUAGGCGAACUGAAAACAAUAAAGAGCGAUUAGUUGAGUCCGCAAGUAUAAAUAAGAGUCUUUUUGUUUUAAGCUCUUGUAUCGAUGCGAUAGGACGUGGAGACAAAAGAAUACCCUACCGAGAGAGUAGGAUGACACGCAUUUUAUCACUUGGUCAGAAUCAAGGUAUUACCAUUAUGAUACUUAACCUUGCACCACUGCGCUCAUAUCAUCUGGACACUCUCUCGAGCUUGAAUAUUAGCUCUCGAGCAAAGAGAAUCGAAGUGAGAGAAAUAGAAAACGAAAUAGUCUUCACCCAGCCGUCUUGGAGGCCAGUGUCGUCAUCUAACAAUACUACGAAGCGUCAACCAUUGCGAGCACUAGCCCAUGCCCACAAUACGCACCCAAGUAACACUGCUCGCAAGAGUGAUAAACCCACAAAGUCUUUCGCUGUAUAUACAGAUAAGAAUAGAGUUAUACCUUGCCCUGCUAACUCAUUAUCUCUCGCUUGUCCCAAGAACCCGAAUUUGAAGAGGCCAUCUGAAAAUUUGUUCCCUUCACGUCCAACUAAAAAAACAAAAUCAGCAGUUAGUGGCACGACACACGAACAACCACCCACUUCGACAACAAUUGAACUUUUAAUCGAACAAAAAAUCCAGGAAGCACUAGCCAACCGUGUCCAAAACCAGAUUGAUUCCAAAACCAACACUGUAAGUGACGCAUUACAACUACGCCUGGAAGCUUUAGAGAGAAAGAUACAAAAUGGAGAGGAGGAACAUACGCGAGCUGAAGGUCUACGAUUUUUACUGAUGGCCAAACAACACAAAGAAAGAGAAGAAUUCUCCAGUGCGUUAAGGAUGUACGAGCUAGCAGCUCCAUACUUCCCGGGCCAAGAAAGACUGAAAAAAAAGAUUGACAGCCUAAAGGCUAAAAUUCAAGCUCAAAGUGAUCAAACAGCUGAACACACCAGGGAAUACUCAGAAGACCCUAUUUCCUCAAACUACAAUCCCAAAAGUGUCCCAUCUCCUCGAAAAAAUCUGCAAACCUACAACCAAGAGCCCGACCCUAAAACUGAGAGAGAGAGCAUGGAUGUCGAAGGAGAAUUCCAAGAUAUAAGCACGCCUGUUCCCUCAGAAGAUGAAACCUUCAUCUAUAGGCCAAAACUGAAGAGACCUCGUAUAAAGCCAGGUGCCAAUAAGGCUUCGAUCAAGAUAUACACAGAUGCUAUCGAGCCGCUCGAAGGUUUUCAGACGCCACGCACUCGGAAUCUAUUAGACAUAGUCAACUCUCGUGACUUGACCAUGAUUCAAGGGUUAAGUGGUGUUGGCGCCAAAAAGGCGCGCGACUUAGUGGAGUAUCUGGAGUUACAGGAUGAUGAAAGUACCACCAACUUACGAACGUUGCAAGACCUAAUGGCAGUGCCUGGGCUAGGAAAGAAAAGUAUUGAAAAAGCCUAUGAGGGCUUGACUUCAUUGCUAGUUUGA